AUGCUGAGGAUCUGUGGAGAGACACAAGACAGACUCGCUCAAGAACUUCUGCUGUUUGAGCUCCAGAUCGAGCGAGACGUCGCUGAGCCACUCUACACUCUCGCUGAGGUUGAAAUUCCCAACAUUCAGAAGCAAAGAAAACAUUUAGCCAAACUCGUACUGGACAUGGAUUCUGCUCGCACACGGUGGCACCAGUCGUCCAAAUCCUCAACUCUGACUAAUAAGGAAACGCCUACUGGGGCCAAAGCCGACGCCCUCAGGGAGGAGAUGGAGGAGGCAGCCAAUCGGAUGGAGAUCUGUAGAGAUCAGCUCUCGGCAGACAUGUAUAGUUUCGUGGCCAAAGAAAUUGACUAUGCAAACUACUUCCAGACGCUGAUCGAGGUUCAGGCCGAGUACCACAAGAAGUCUUUGGAGCUGCUCCAGAACGUUCUGCCACAGAUUAAAGCGCAACAGGAGUCGUGGGUGGAGAAGCCGUGUUACGGGAAACUGUUAGAGGAGCAUCUGACUCUGAGCGGGAGAGAAAUCGCUUUCCCCAUCGAAGCGUGUGUGACCAUGCUGCUGGACUAUGGCCUACAGGAGGAGACGUUCAUCUGGAUUCUGCAUCUGUAUAAUCUGUAUAUCUGCAUCAAAUGUUACACUGUUCUGCAUCUGCUUCCACCUCUGCAUGAGCGUAAAUGCAUUAUUGCAGAUCAGGACAAGCGUCUGCAGGCGUUGUUAUCGACCUGUGAGAAACUUCCUACAGCAAACAGCAACAACUUCAAGUAUUUGAUCAAAUUUCUUGCCAAGCUGAACGAGUAUCAGGAUUACAAUAAAAUGAGUCCAGGAAACAUUGCGAUCGUUCUGGGGCCAAACCUGCUGUGGGCGCAUACAGAGGGGAACAUGACGGAGAUGAUGACCACCGUCUCGCUGCAGAUCGUCGCCAUCAUUGAGCCGCUCAUCCAGCACGCUGACUGGUUCUUCCCUGGAGAGAUCGAUUUUAACGUGACGGGAAACUACGGCAGCCCCGUUCACACCAAUCACAACGCCAACUACAGCUCCAUGCCGUCGCCGGACUUGGACCAAUCAGAUCGCAGGCAGCCGGACCAAAGCCGACGCCCACUCAGCGUCGCCACCGACAACAUGAUGCUGGAGUUCUACAAGAAAGACGGCAUUAGGAAAAUUCAGAGUAUGGGAGUGCGAGUGAUGGACACCUCCUGGGUUUCUCGCCGGGGCUCCUCCUCCUCGUCUUGUAAGAGCUCCUCGACUCCGCCCAGCCUUCAGCCACCCUCUGAUUCGCUGAACCCCGAGCAGCCGGCCGAUGUCUCCGCCUCCCCCUCACAGACUCCGCCCCCCAUCAGCGCCGAUAGGACCAGCUCCGACGAGGCGUCAUCCAAUCGCUCGGACUCCUGUCUCGUCUGCCCCUCCCCUGAGGAGGAGAGACCGCCCCCUCCGUACCCGUUCCCUGUCUCCUCCUCUUCCUCCUCCUCCUCCUCCUCCUCGUUCUCUAUCCCUCACCCUCGAGUGCGUCCCGAAUGCGUUCCUCCCUCGGCGUUCAGCCGCUGGUCCGUGUACAGCUCUCCGCCUGCGCUCCUCCUGUCCUCCACCUCUCUAGACAUCAACUCCAACCCCAAACCCAGUGUCCUGCACCUGUCCAAGCAGGGCUCUCUGCCCUCCGAGCCGUCUCUCUCGCAUGCACCCGUCUACAUCAAACCCCCGCUCGCUCCCUGCCUCCCCACCCUUAGCCCUCAUUCUGCUGCGCCGCUGUGGGCCGCCUGCGCCUGCAGCCGAGAGAGGGGACUCAGAGUGCCUAGCACUCAGAAGAAUAAGGAGCCUUCGCCUGUGAUUGGUCAAAGAGGCAUUUCACCAAUGGCUCCCUCUGCUGGACACAACCAGCUUUCAGACCAGAGUCCUCUCACGCUGCGCAAAGUUUCCAAAAAGCUGGUCCCCAUCCCUCCCAAGGGUCCGUAUUCUCCGUCGAGCUGUGUGUCGGAUCUGUCUCCGGGUCCGUCUCCGGUCAGUCUGUCCCCGACGCCCCCCAGCACCCCGUCCUCAUACAGCUUCAGUUACCCACAGAGCGGCUCCGUCCUCACCUCGCCCGGACACAACCACAGCCAGACGCUCACCGGGACCCUGCCCAAAUCACGGCCAAUGCCCAAACCGCCCCGCCAGAGACCCAACCUGCCCCCGCCGCAGCCGCCGCAGCCGCUGGAGCACACGCCGGGCCUGCUGGACGCGCUGUCCGCGGGAGAGAGCAUGUCUACAGACUCGUGCUGUGAUUUGGACAUUCCCAUAAUAAGCGUUGAACUGGACGGGAGAUACAGGAACUCUGUGGAUCUGCUGGAGUCGGAGGAGGAGUCGGAGAGCACUGCCCUUUGACCCCUGGGAUUACCCACAAUCCUUUACUCCCUCCCUUCACCGCACAAGUGACGUUGUAUUGUCCACGUGAUCCUCUGCACUGACCCACAGACAGGAUCUGAAGCGCGGAUCACGUCACUGUGCCGUUCUGGUCCCGUCUUCUUUGUGUUUUUUAUGUUUUUACGGUUUUUCCAUGUGGUUGGUUUUCUAUUUGCCUUAUCUGAGUUCUUGCACUUUUGUCUUGAAGUUCGUGUUAUGUGUGUUCGGGACGCUGCUGGGUGUAGAAAAUCACACUGAAACCUUGUUGUGUGUAAACCCAGACUAGCAUUCGAACAAGUAUACAAACAGCUCCUGACACACUACAGCACAAUCUGCUCAUAUCUGAGACGAAGAUGGACGUGAGUGUGAGUGUGUGUGUGUGUGUGUGUGUGUGUGUGAGUGUGUGAGUGUGAGUGCGUGCGUGCGUGCUUGAGUGUGUGUGUGUGUGUGAGCGUCUGAGAUGAGAUGCUCUCGCUGUGGUUUGUAGUCAGAUUUUAAGUUGACUGAUGUGGAGUAACUGAGAGGGGCCGUUCACACAUGAAUUUACCAUUCAAAACUUUGGGAUUGGUACAUUUUUUUUAUGUUUUUCAGUCUCUUCUGCUCAC